CAACCUGUCCUCUACAAUUCCCCUUGAUGGUGCAGAAACCUCAGUAACAACAACGGCGACGACAACAACAACAACAACAACAACAACACCGCCCAUCGACAUGGAUGACAAAGUGAAGCAACAUUAUCUGGCUGACUCGCCUCCCUCGGUAGUCCGCUUAGAAAUUAAGACACAUUUCGAUAAUCUAAAGGAUGCGAAGCUGCGUAAAUAUGCGCAUUAUAUGAGCCGCGCCGCCUUUGAGGGAACUCGAAUCACACUUCGCCAGGUUUCUCCAGAGUCAGAACCCAUCUAUGACCUCAUCGUUGAACUUCAUCGGACCUGCAAUGGAGACUGGACCGAUCUUGCUCGGAGAACCAAUGUCAGCGAUGAGCAUCUUCGCUACUUCCUGGAAUAUGCCGCGCAGUUUCUCGGCAACUGUGGCAACUAUAAGGGCUUUGGCGACUCUAAGUUUAUACCCCGCUUGCCUGUUGAGGCCUUCCAAGCUUUAGCUUCUGCCUCCCCCCAGACAAAGGACGCCUUCAAUCGGGCCAACAGCACAGGAGGUGGCAUCUAUGAGACAGAUGUACAAUCGCGUAUGCACUUGGGUUACGCAGAGGGAAAUCAUAUGACUACGUAUUAUCCUGAUUCGCCGUCAAUCACCAAAGAAGAAAUCACAGCCGUCGGUGACUUUUUGGAGCAGAAAGGGUUGCCGUUGGAGAAUACGCGACUGAAGAAAACAGAGACUGGGGACUUCGAACUUCUAAUCGCUUCCGGUGUUUCGUCACCCCCGGCACGGGACCGAGAUUUGGGCGAUGUCGAUAGUUUCGAUCUCGAUGGCAAGUUGAAGGGCCACAAGCUUCGCCUCCUCUUUGGCGAUCAUCGAGAGGAGAUGGCCAAGGUCGCGCACAGUAUCAAGCAGGCUUCUCUGCAUGCUGCGAACGAUAAUCAGAAGCGGAUGUUGGAUGCCUACGCUCUCUCAUUUGGUUCUGGCUCCAUCGAGGCAUUCAAGGAAAGCCAGCGGAUCUGGGUAAAGGACCAGAAGCCAGUAUUGGAGACCAAUCUGGGUUUCGUCGAAACCUACAGGGACCCUCAUGGGGUGAGAGGAGAAUGGGAAGGGUUCGUUGCUCUGGUCAAUUUGGAGAGAACCCGCGCUUUCGGCAAGCUGGUUGACGGUGCUGAGACCAUGAUUCCUAAAUUACCGUGGGGUAAAGAGUUUGAGAAGGAUAAAUUUCUCAGCCCCGACUUCACGUCUCUUGAGGUGUUGAGCUUCCAAUGCUCUGGCCUCCCCGCUGGAAUCAACCUUCCCAAUUAUGAUGACAUUCGGCAAACCCUUGGAUUCAAGAACGUUUCCCUUGGGAAUGUUCUCAGUGCUAAAGCACCCAACGAGCCCAUCCCAUUCAUAGCCGAUAAAGACCUCAGAGUGUACAGCGAAAACCGUGAUGCUGCGUUUGAGGUUCAGGUUGGCAUUCAUGAGCUGCUUGGUCAUGGAACUGGAAAGCUACUGCAAGAGACGUCUCCUGGCCAAUAUAAUUUCGACAUUUCCAACCCUCCUGUAAGUCCCGUGACUAACAAGCCUGUCACAACGUGGUACAAACCUGGCCAAACCUGGGGUUCUGUGUUCGGGGCCGUCUCUUCGUCUUAUGAGGAGUGUCGUGCAGAAUGCGUUGCAAUGGUGCUUAGUUGCGACUUUGAAAUUCUGAAGCUCUUCGGGUUUGGUGACGGCCAGGUGGACCUUACGAACGAUGCUGGUGAUGUUCUCUUCGCGGGUUACUUGUCGAUGGCUCGCGCCGGUUUGGUUGCGCUCGAAUUUUGGGAUCCCAAGACCCAGAAGUGGGGACAGGCUCACAUGCAGGCCCGCUACAGUAUCUUACGAACCUUCCUCGACGCUGGUGACGAUUUCGUCAAGCUUUCCUACAGUAAACCGGAUCUUUCAGAUCUAGAAAUUCACCUGGAUCGGUCGAAGAUUCUGUCACAUGGUCGACCGGCUGUGGAGAAAUACCUGCAGAAGUUGCAUGUGUAUAAGAGCACUGCAGACUUCGACUCAGGAAAGAAGCUUUAUGAAGAGAUUACCUCUGUCGAUGCGUGGUGGGGUAAGGAAGUCCGCGAGGUGGUGUUGAAGAAUAAGGUUCCUCGCAAGAUCUUCGUCCAGGCGAACACCAUCCUCAACGGAGACGAGGUGACGCUCAAAGAGUACGAACCUACCCUCGAGGGUAUCAUCCAGAGUUACGUCGAGCGCGACGUUUAACCAUUCCGUCUGCAGACAGCCUCGGCAGCAUGUUUGUUUUACACUAGGUCUCGGCCAUCGGAUGAAUUAUAAUCAGCCUGUGUCCAGGGCAUGCAGAGCAUGUGCGGGUGCAAAAAUUGCCAAAUCAACUAAAUCAAACGAUAAAGAUGACUCACGCUGUUUGUAUUCAAGGCAAGCCGUCAAGGCAAGCAGCCCUUGCGGUUGAGCAAUUUGAAGUAGCGCUUGCGGUACAAGUAAGCACGAGCGAGGUAAUUCAUACGAGUAAGAAGAGGACGUGCGGGCAAGGUUUCAUACUAUGUAUAUCAAACCUAGUGGUU